GGAUUUUCAGGUUCCUUGUUACAAUACAAAUUGCAAUGAAAUUAAUUCCAUACCUACUGGAAAGCGACAUGAUGGCAUAUGGGAUGCAAAUUCAAAACUAGCAACAGCAAUGGUACACAGUGGUAUUGGUGGGAGAAAGUAAACAGCUUUUUGUCAGCCCUUAAUAUUCCAACAGUUAGCAAUGUUGUCCUUUCCCAAAGAGAGAAAGAAAUGGGACCAGCCUUGGAGCGUGUUGCAACUGCCAGUAUGAAGGAAAGCUUAUCAGAAGAAGUGAGAUUGUCAAAAGCAGGUGAAAAGACAAGUGGAUUAACAGCGAGCGUUGAUGGUGCCUGGCAGAAGAGGGGUAGUGGAAGAUCUUAUGACAGUCUGUCAGGUCACUGCUCUAUGAUAGGAGCCCAGACUGGAAAAGUAAUUGGGUGCAGUGUACGCAGUAAGUACUGCAAGACAUGUGAUGAAGCGGCUCGGAAAGGAAAAACACCUAAAAAGCAUGACUGUCGCAUGAACUGGACCGGAAGCGCCAAAGGAAUGGAGCAGGACAUGGUUGUAGAAUUGAUGGGAACAUGUAAAGAAAACGGAGCCAGUAUUGAAACAAUAAUUGCGGAUGAUGACACUACAACCAUUGCUAGAAUAAAACAAAAUGUGAAUCCUGAUAUUAAAAAAAAAAUGUGA